ACAGCGCACUGCAGCGUCGCAGGACCUCUCCGGGGCGGUGCCGCUCAUCACGCUGCGUCACCGCGAGGACAUCGCAGGAGGUUCAGGUUCACUGUGGCCGACCUGUCCCCUCCCCCUUCCGGAGCAGCUAGGACUGUGCACCGCAUCCUUUGAACCCGAGAUCUGCAGCCUGAGAAGCGCAACGACUGAAGCUCCCGCCCCGGAGCCCUGCCCCACGGCGAGGGGCCACCGAAACGCGAAGCCCACCACCACAGCUAGAGACGCCGCCGGCGCAGCAACGGAGACUCGGCUCGGCCGAACACGCGUCGCCAAGAGAAGAGCCGGGAGCUGCGUGGCGCGCCAGUGGCGAGGACCCCGGCCUCUCGCUGUGACCUCGCGGGUGCGGCCCUUGUCGUGGAGCCCGGACCCCGCGCGUCAGGCGGUGCAGCCGGAAGAGAGAGCGCGAAUCAACGCUGAAACGAGAUACCGCUUCACAUCCAUUCGGUGA